AUGCUUGGAACAUUUAAAAGCACAGUGAAAAUAAGAUUGGCGAUGUAUUCAUUGUCAGUCAGACAAAAAUACUCUGAUAUUACCAAUGAAUACCUUGAUGAACAAGUUUCUCAGGUUCUCGAGUUGUUCCCUAACUGUGGAUACAGCCAAAUGUUGGGCCAUCUUGCUGCGCGAGGGUUGUGUGUAAAGGAGAUGGGAGUUAGGGAAAGUAUGCACAGAGUGGAUCCAAAUGGAGUUCUACUUAGAACAUUGGAAAGUCGAAUUAUACAGAGAAGAGGGAUAAUGUAUACUCGCCUAGAGCGCUUUACCACCUCGAUGGGAAUCAUAAACUGA